CAUGUUUUCCAGCUUGGUGCUACAAGUAAUGAAUUAUCAGGUAACAUCCUUUCCUUGCUUCUGUGGUGGUUAGAUAGAACAGAUCAGACAUGUUAAUGCAUUCCAUUGACCUAAUAUUAUUAUAUUGAAUGUAUUGCCAAAUACAUUUCAUAAUAAUCCCUAUUGGCAUAUCAUUAGACAGCAUUGCAAAAGGCAGCCUUAUCAGGCCAUAGCUCCUCAUAAAUUUGUCAUAGGCAGAAAUGUGCCAAUGAAGUCAGAGAAAGGUGAAAUUAUGAAUGAGAUUAUUGGAUAUGUUUAAUCCCAGAUGUGUCAAGAGAAGCACAGGAAGCUCCCAACUCUGAGAGUGGGCUUGGAGCGGAGGGUGGUGCUGAGGUGUCUCCUCAGAGCUCUGCUGUGGUGCUGCAGAGGGUUCCUGAGACCAUGCCGAGAGAAAUGCUGUCGUUGCUGGUGGAGACCAUCUCUGGCCUGGAGGAAGACAACUUCUCCCUGGAGGUCAUCAGUGAGACAAACAGAGCUGUCGUGACAUUCAAUAAUCCCAAAGGUAGGUCACCAUUUCAAAUUACCUUUUUUUUAACAACAAAAAUAAACAAUGAAUUUCACUUCUGAAGUAUUAUAAAACAGAUCUCUCCCUCACACGAAGGGAUCAUAAUUUCAAGAACUGUUGUACAUUAUAUUAAGGAUAUGAUUGCUGUCUGUCUUUAGAUGUGGAGCGGUUCCUCACUGAGAGCAAGAGCAACAAGAGUUUCCAGAAGCAGGGUUUGAUUGGCCGGUUGCUAGAGAGGGGCCAGAGUGUGAGAGUGGAGAACCUGACCUCCAACAUACCUCAAGAUAUGCUGGAGCUCUACUUUGAGAAAUGGGCUGGCCCAGCAAAGGACAUCACUAUGUUUCCUGAGGAGCAGGCAGCCAUUGUCACCUUCCACGCACCAGAAGGUAAAACCUGCUGUUUGAAUUAACUGUUUUAUUAAAUAAAUGUUAAUCAAUUUGUUUAUUUGGUCAUCUGCUACUUUCUAUUGUAAGACUAAUUAAAUGUAGCCUUGCUAUUCUGUUGCUGCAGCAGUCUCUUGGCCUCUAACAGAAAUAUUCAGUUUUCUCCCUUAUUUCAUGCUAUGACAGACAGUCCGUUAUCUAUGUUGUUUCAGUUGUGGAAACCACUCUAAAUAAACGCCUUGUAAUUAACAAAGUCCCAGUCAAUGUGUAUCCAUACUACGAGUCCUUGGGCACUGCCUUGUAUGGCAAAAAGAGGCCAAUGUGGAAGAUGCCUGACCCCUUCAUAGAGAGUGUGCAUUCUGCCAUAUGGAAAUUCCUCUCCAUGAAGAGACAGUUGUCCCUCAUCACUAACCAGAUGAAGGCCCACUUCUGUCAUGUAGACAUGGAUAGUCCUGAGGUAAAACUCAGUCCUCUGCCAACCCUGCUAAGGCAGAAAGGACUAACAAGCCAACAUGUAGACGGAUGGAAGAAGAAUGCCUUGAUUGUCUUCCGUGAUAUCAUGGCUCAAUAUGCAGUGUUUGAGUGUUUUGCAAGUGCCCCAGCGUGGAAGGCAGUGAAGAACGAAGUCCACUCGGUGGUGAAAGAGGAUGCUGUCCUGGCUAUGGAUGCCUCCAAAGGGUCUCUGACAGUUGCAGGUCUGGCCGAAGACACAAAGCGACUCAGGGGGCCGGUGGAAGACCUCAUGCAGAGGGCCAUGAGUCAGAUAGAGAGGCAGAGGGACGGCAUCUCGGAGGAGAUGGACAUGUCCCCUGCCAUAUUCUACAUCCUGCAGCAGGAAGGACUGCGGAAGUGUGUAGCAGACGAAGCCCCAGAUAUGGGAUUUUCCUACAAAGAUGACACCAAGAAGCUGGUUCUCUCAGGUCUUGUCCAAGAGGUGUACAAGGUGCAGAACUGGAUCCUGGAGAGGAAGCUCAAGAUGAAUAAGAAGCAGCUGAAGCUGGACCCCCACCUCCUGGACUUCCUGCGGUCAGUGGACAGUAUGGAGAUGUCCCAGGACCUGUUCACAUCCCGGGGCAUCAGUGCUGUGUACAGUGUGGAGGGUGGAGAGGUGCUUCUGACUGGCAGCUCAGACAGAGCCUUGGCUGAUGCAGCGCAGAGGGUGAAGACUGCCCUGUCCCUGCAGAGCCUUAUGGUGGAGGACCAGGAGGUGCUAAGGAAGCCUGAGUGGAAGGAUCUGAACAACCAGCUGGUGGAUACCUACAACUCCCUAAAGAAAAGAACGGUGGUGAUAAAGCUUCACCCAGAGAGCAGAGACAGAAUCAUUGUGUCUGGCUUCCAGGACCCGGUCAGAGAGGUCAGCAACAGUCUGCAGGACUUUGUUGAAAACUACUCACGAGUCAAAGAGGCUGUCUGUGUCAAGUCCUGUGCCGUGGUUAAAUUCAUCCAGGAGAACAAAUCUAAGGACUGGAAACAUUUUGCCAAGGGUGAUGAGCUGAAUAUCCGCUUUGACCCCAGAAGGCCAAACAUUUUCCUUUCUGGAGCCCGUCUCUAUGUCAAGAAGGCCAAUAGGUCCUUUCAGAAGAUGGCAGCAGCCUUAUGCACUGAUGAGCUCACCAUCAUGAAGCCUGGAGCAAAGAAGUACUUCCAAGAGAAGGGAAGCAUGUUUGUUUCCAUGGCGAUGAAGGAGCACAGCUGUGUGGUGCUGCUGCAGGAAGACUACAUGCUGGAGGAAGAAGAGGGAGACGAUGAAGAUGAGGAGGAAGGGUUUGGACAUUCAUCCUGCUGUGAUGUGAGGACAUCCAAUGGAAUCCUGGUAUCCGUCAGUAUGGCUGACAUCUGCAAGUUCAAAGCGGAUGCAGUAGUCAAUGCAGCCAAUGAAGACCUGCAGCACAUUGGAGGCCUGGCUUUAGCACUACUCAAGGCUGCUGGUCCACGGCUGCAGGAGCUCAGUGAUCAACAUGUCCGUAAUAACCGCUGACUGCAGCCAGGAGACGCCAUUGUGACAGAUGCAGGCAAUCUGCCCUGUAAGUAUGUGGUCCAUGCGGUCGGUCCACGGUUCACAGACUUUGACCGGAGAACAGCCAUACAGCGUCUGAAACGAGCUGUGAAUGAGAGCCUGAGGGAGGCUGCGAAGGUUAACUGCUCAACUGUUGCCGUCCCGGCCGUCAGCUCUGGGAUAUUCGGCUUUCCUCUGGACCUGUGCACUGAGACCAUUGCAGUGGCAGUGCGUGACUACUGUGAGAACCUGAGGGGUCAGACCUCCCUGACUGAGAUUCACCUGGUGGACAACAAUGACAACACUGUGAGAGCCCUGGCCAGUGCUGUCCAGAAAACAUUCAGUGACCUGCACCCAAAAAUGACCAUGCCUCCGCAGGGUGCACAUAGGGGAAGGGGACAACGGGGAAGUGGAUGAAGGGGAAGAGGACAACAUAGUUACAGAAAUGAAGAACCUGGAUAUCAGGGACAGUCACCAUGGGGACAUAGGCAAUGGGAACACGGCCGAGGAGGAGGAGGUGGAGGGAGAGGAGAAGGUAGAGGAGGAGGUGGAGGUAGAGGAGGACGUGGAGAUAGGGGAGGAGGAGCUAGAGAAAGCGGAACUCAAAGAAAUGAUCAUGAAAACCGAGAGGAGCAGAGGAGAGAGUAUGGCCAGGAGAGGAAGUUUGAGAGGGCAGGCAGUGGGGAAAUCCUGCAGACCAAUCGCACACAAGAGGGUCUGAAGAUCAUUCUAAGGAAGGGAAAUAUCCAGGAGAAAUGUGUGAGUACACCUACUGUAGUUAUCAGAGCACCAGGUAAACCAUUGUUAUAUAAUACAUGUAUGGUAAGAAGUACAUGAAUAUCAGAUAACCCAGAGUAUAAGAUGUAUAAUUGGUUUACCUUUCAUUCUACUCUUCUUUAUCUGGAAUGACAGCUGUCUUGUAGAAGUCAUAAUUUAUGUUUGAAUAGAAAUACAUAGCUGUUCCCUUCUCGCUUCAUGAAUGUUUGGUCAUUUGUUUUGACACCUCUAGUCUGAUGGCAUCGUCAACACCAUCUCUGAGGAUGCGGACCUGAGUAAAGGAGCUGUGUCCAAUGCCAUUCUAAAGACAGCCGGUCCUGGGCUCCAAUCAGCAGCCACAGAUGAGGCUCGCACCAUCAGAUUGGCCUAUGGUGACGUUGUGGUCACCAACGGUUACAACCUGCGAUGUCAGAGAGUGAUCCAUACUGUCUGCCCCCAUUGGGACCAGGGAGCUGGCUCAGCAGAGAAGGUAAGCUAUGAGUUAUUGACAGUGCUUAAUUUGUAAAUCGAGAGGUCCCGGAACAUAGUGCAGUAUGCCCACAUACUUGAGUAUAGCUGCGGGGCUUAAAUAAGUCCACAUUUCUUAUAGCUUAAUUUUCUAUAGCUUAAUCAAUGUACAACAACAUUUUUAGACAACACUGCAGAACACCCGCCAUAUGCACACAUACUCAGCUCUGGGGCUUACAAGAACCCAAUUUAAUAUAAUUUUCAAGAUAUCAAUGUAGCAGUAGAACAAAUAUCACAAUAUCAGAAUAUAACUUAAAAUAAAAUAAAUCAAUGUAGGCUACAGCAGAACACAUAUGAGAAUAUAUAGGCCUCCUGCCUAUGUGAUAAUAUGAAGCACAUAUUCAGAUUACCUUCACAGUAAAGAACAAGUUUGUAAAGGGACAAAAAUGUCCUACCUUAGUAUUCAAAUCCUCCCACAAUGUCUCUCACCAUGUCGAGUCCAUUUAACUCCUGAGAGUCCAUUUCUUGCUCAAAGCCAUGAGCGGACCUGUGGCUGUGACGUUUAGUCUCCUAAGGCUGUUCUGAAGACUCUGGCUGUAGUGUCAAUGUUUUCAUUUUUUUAUUAAUUUUUUUAAUUUUUAUUUCACCUUUAUUUAACCAGGUAAGCCAGUUGAGAACAAGUUCUCAUUUACAACUGCGACCUGGCCAAGAUCAAGCAAAUCAGUGCAAUUACAAACAACAACACAGAGUUACAUAUGGGGUAAAACAAAACAUAAAGUCAAAAAUACAACAGAAAAAUUGAAAAUAUAUAUACAGUGUGUGCAAAUGUAGCAAGUUAUGGAGGUAAGGCAAUAAAUAGGCCAUAGUGCAAAAUAAUUACAAUUAGUAUUAACACUGGAAUGAUAGAUGUGCAAGAGAUGAUGUGCAAAUAGAGAUACUGGGGUGCAAAUGAGCAAAAUAAAUAACAAUAUGGGGAUGAGGUAGUUGAGUGGGCUACUGUUGCAGGUGCAGUGAUCGGUAAGGUGCUCUGACAACUGAUGCUUAAAGCUAGUGAGGGAGAUAAGAGUCUCCAGCUUCAGAGAUUUUUGCAGUUCGUUCCAGUCAUUGGCAGCAGAGAACUGGAAGGAAUGGUGGCCAAAGGAGGUGUUGGCUUUGGGAUGACCAGUGAGAUAUACCUGCUGGAGUGCAUACUACGGGUGGGUGUUGCUAUGGUGACCAAUGAGCUAAGAUAAGGCAGAGAUUUGCCUAGCAGUGAUUUAUAGAUGGCCUGGAGCCAGUUGGUUUGGCGACGAAUAUGUAGUGAGAACCAGCCAACGAGCGUACAGGUCACAGUGGUGGGUAGUAUAUGGGGCUUUGGUGACAAAACGGAUGGCACUGUGAUAGACUACAUCCAAUUUGCUGAGUAGAGUGUUGGAGGCUAUUUUGUAAAUGACAUCGCCGAAGUCAAGGAUCAGUAGGAUAGUCAGUUUUACGAGGGCAUGUUUGGCAGCAUGAGUGAAGGAGGCUUUGUUGCGAAAUAGGAAGCCGAUUCUAGAUUUAACUUUGGAUUGGAGAUGCUUAAUGUGAGUCUGGAAGGAGAGUUUACGGUCUAACCAGAGACCUAGGUAUUUGUAGUUGUCCACAUACUCUAGGUCAGACCCGUCGAGAGUAGUGAUUCUAGUCGGGUGGGCGGGUGCCAGCAGCUUUCGAUUGAAGAGCAUGCAUUUAGUUAUACUUGUGUUUAAGGGCAGUUGGAGGCUACGGAAGGAGUGUUGUAUGGCAUUGAAGCUCGUUUGGAGGUUUGUUAACACAGUGUCCAAUGAAGGGCCAGAUGUAUACAAAAUGGUGUCGUCUGCGUAGAGGUGGAUCUGAGAAUCACCAGCAGCAAGAGCGACAUCAUUGAUAUACACAGAGAAAAGAGUCGGCCCAAGAAUUGAACCCUGUGGCAUCCCCAUAGAGACUGCCAUAGGUCCAGACAACAGGCCCUCCGAUUUGACACAUUGAACUCUAUCUGAGAAUUAGUUGGUGAACCAGGCGAGGCAGUCAUUUGAGAAACCAAGGCUAUUUAGUCUGCCAAUAAGAAUGCGGUGGUUGACAGAGUCGAAAGCCUUGGCCAGGUCGAUGAAGACGGCUGCACAGUACUGUCUAUUAUCGCGGUUGGCCAUAAUAUCGUUUAAGACCUUGAGCGUGGCUGAGGUGCACCCAUGACCAGCUCGGAAACCGGAUUGCAUAGCGGAGAAGGUACGGUUUGAUUCGAAAUGGUCGGUGAUCUGUUUGUUAACUUGGCUUUCAAAAACAUUUGAAAGGCAGGGCAGGAUGGAUAUAGGUCUGUAACAGUUUGGAUCUAGUGUCACCCCCUUUGAAGAGGGGGAUGACCGCGGCAGCUUUCGAUUCUCUGGAGAUCUCAGACAUUACGAAAGAGAGGUUGAACAGGCUAGUAAUAGGGGUUGCGACAAUUUCGGCGGCUAAUUUUAGAAAGAAAGGGUCCAGAUUGUCUAGCCCAGAUGAUUUGUAGGGUCCAGAUUUUGCAGCUCUUUCAGAACAUCAGCUAUCUGAAUUUGUGUGAAGGAGAAGCGGGGCGGGCAUGGGCAAGUUGCAGCGGAGGGUGCAGAGCUGGUGACCGGGGUAGUAGUAGCCAGGUGGAAAUCAUGGCCAGCCGUAGCAAAAUGCUUGUUGAAAUUCUCGAUUAUUGUAGAUUUAUCGGUGGUGAUAGUGUUUCCUAGCCUCAGUGCAGUGGGCAGCUGAGAGGAGGUGCUCUUAUUCUCCAUGGACUUUACAGUGUCCCAAAACCUUUUGGAGUUAGUGCUACAGGAUGCACAUUUCUGUUUAAAAAAGCUAGCCUUUGCUUUCCUAACUUCUUGUGUAUAUUGGUUCCUAACUUCCCUGAAAAGUUGCAUAUCGCGGGGGCUAUUCGAUGCUAAUGCAGUACGCCACAGAAUGUUUUUAUGCUGGUCAAGGGCAGUAAAGUCUGAGGAGAACCAGGGGCUAUAUCCGUUCUUAGUUCUGAAUUUUUUUAAUGGGGCAUGCUUAUUUAAGAUUGAGAGGAAAGCACUUUUAAAAAACAACCAGGCAUCCUCUACUGACAGAAUGAGAUCGAUAUCCAUCCAGGAUACCUGGGCCAGGUCAAUUAGGAAGGCCUACUCGCUAAAGUGUUUUAGGGAGCGUUUGACAGUGAUGAGGGGUGGUCGUUUGACCGUGGACCCGUUACGGACGCAGGUUGAAGACAGCGGAGGUGUAUUUAGAGGGUAAGUUAGUCAGGAUAAUAUCUAUAAGGGUGCCCAUGUUUACGGAUUUAGGGUUGUACCUGGUAGGUUCCUUGAUAAUUUGUGUGAGAUUGAGGGCAUCUAGUUUGGAUUGUAGGAUGGCCGGGGUGUCCUCUUUAGCCUUGUCUACAAGGCUUGCUGCCACCAAAUGCGCCUUGGUUCGGGCAUGUUCAAAAACCAGAUUUCUGAGGGCUCUUUAUUGUUGUUGUUUUUUUACGUCUGAGGCAUAGGAUGUUAAUUUACUGUGGAUUCCACCCACUCUUUUGCUAGUUUAAUCUCUCCAGUCAUUUCUAGACCCAAGCUCCCUACCUUUUUGCAUGUUGUACAGCCCAACUUUGAAUUCUGCAUGACAAGCCAGGGGUUAUGCGUUUGCUUGGUCUUGAACUGCAAAUUGCACCAGCUCCGAGCACUUCGUUGGUGGAUGCACUGGCCCCAUCCCUCCCAGGUCCCCGUCUCCCUCUCCCGCUGAGUCUGACUCGCUAGUAGGCCUACUAGCUAGUGGAGGUGCCGAUGGUGAUGCUGAACUGGCGGGAUUAGCAACGCUGCUAGCUAAGGCAUCAUCAUCAAGAACAGUUUGCCCCUCACUACUCUGGCACUGACAGUUCUCUGGCUCGUUCUGGUUUCGAUUCACCAUCUUUCUCCUGAUUUUUGUACUUGAAAAAUGUCAUCAAGCUCGAUUGCCUUUUCCCAUCCAUUUUUUAUUUGGCUUUCCCACGAUUCAACUUCAGUAGGGAGAUGACUAGCCUAGGCUACGUAAUGUGAUUACGUAGGGACCUCUUCCAUAGCUCACCAGCACUACCAAGACCUGUGUCAAGAUCAGUUACUUACCCCACCCGCCCUCCCCAUAACCUCUAUGUACAAAGAAGAGAGCAGGUCUGGAAUCAGUGUGGCAGGAUAGGAUGAAGGAUCCUGGCGCUUUUACAUGAUGGUCUUUCUGUGGGGCGGGAGAAAUAACGAGGAGGCAACUUGAUUUAACGCUGAUCACUUUUAUUAGAAUGUAUAUAGUGCGAACAUUUAAACAAUUAAUAAAUCAUGCCGCGAGAGGUAUCGGAUCUGGGCAAAUAGGUGCCGGAACAAACAAAGUCAAAUCUGAGAGGUGCCGGAUCCUGUUCCAGCAGGAUCCGGCUCAAAUUAAUCACUGGUUAUUGAGAGUGGGAGUGAUCAGUGCAUCGAAAGGUUUUUAGUAAAAAUGUUCUAAAAUUGUCCAUGUGUUUGUGAUUUAAGAUGUUGAUAACGAUCAUCAGAGAUUGCCUGAGCAAGGCAGAAAAGCAUAGGCUGGCAUCCCUGUCUUUCCCUGCAAUUGGCACUGGGAACAUGGGAUUCCCUAAGGGCCUGGUGUCCAAGCGUCUUCUGCAGGAGGUCAAAGACUUCAGCCGGAGAAGAAACUCCACACACCUGAAAGAGGUGGCCAUCGUGGUCCACCCCAGUGACACCCAAACUGUGGAUGUAAGUUUGAAGAUGAAAAAUGGUUGAAAAUCAGAUUCAGUGUUUAUCAUCACACAGAUAUUGUAUUGUUGGGAUAAUCUCACCUUUGUCUGUGUGUGUUGUGCUCUUAGAUAUGUUUGUUAAAUGCUCCACACUUUUAAAUAUCUUGUUUACAGUGCUUUGUCAGGGAAUUCAAAGGUCAGACACAAGGGAAUAAUUGGCAGAGUUCACAAGGUGCCAGCCAAUCACAACAUUCCAAAUCCUAUGUUGGCCAAUCACAAUAUCCCAAAUCCUAUGUUGGCCAAUCACAGCAGCCCUCUGGUAAGCUUAACUCACAGCCUUCAAAGUCUCCCCAAAAAUAUUCAACCAUUGAGACCCUGCUGCCUCUAUAGAGUGUGUCUGUUUCCACAGAAACUUCUUCUCUAAACAUGUUAUUUUCGUUAGGUGCAGGCUUCUUUGGACAGGUGUCAUCACCUUCUCUGGGUGUGUACAGCAUGCAGAUGGGUCACAUGACUUUUGAAGUUUCAUCAGGAGACAUCACGAAGGAGACAGUUGAUGUCAUUGUCAACUCCUCCAAUAAGGACUUUAACCUCAAAUCAGGUGACUUGUACCUCUGACAAUAGAAUAGGUGUGGUAACCAAUGUUUCAUGUUUGAGGCUACUAAGACAAAUACUAAGGAACAACUUAUAAGGAUGUUUAACAUGUAAAUAUCUGAAAUGUUAGAAAUCCAAAUGAACAGUGUUUACAGCUACACGAUCAGGAAGCAAGCUACAGUAAAUACAUGUUAUUCAAUCAUUGCACCCACAUUGCUCGCGUGCAUCAGCGAGCGUCUGCGUGCCCCAGUCGCUAAAAUAGAACUUGGUUCUAUUUGUGAAGCUCGACGCGCUGCAAGUCCUGCCUCUCCCAUCUCCUCAUUGGUUUUUAGGAGCGUAUACCCACGUGGGUGGUUGAAAGAUGAACUGAGGUCCACACUCCAGUCCAGUUGGUGGUGGUAAUGCAUCUUAAAGUUGGUUGCCAACCGACAUAUAAAGUCCAAAGAAGAAGAUGAAGCCUGAAGGAAGCCUGAACUUGGUUUACCGUUUUAUCUGUGGAUUUAUUGUUGAAGUACAGGACCUUGUACAUUUCAGGUAAAAUUACAAACCAAUGUUUAUAUCCCAGGACAAAUUAGCUAGUAACAGCAAGCUAGCUAGCUAAAUUGCCAUAAAUGUUUAAUGCUUUUCGACGUGUCCCCAAGUUAAUAUAGUUGGUUCAGAGUUCAUUUUGAUAUUUCAACCUGCGUGUCCUGAUCGUGUCUGGUGUGGGAGGCAACAUGCAGACGAGCGGUCGGUCUGGUCAGCAUGUUAGAAUAUCAGGCCCGGCUGAAAAUCAUUUUUUUUACAUUAUGUUUUUAAGGGGAGGGUGGUGGGGGGGCAGUUUAAUUAACGAAGAGGCAACUCGAAUGAACUUUGAUCGCUUUUACGUGCGGUCUGGUCAGCAUGGUAGGAUAAAGAGCCAUAUUGUACUAAUGUCUUUGUUUCUUCAGGUGUGUCCAAAUCCAUUUUAGAAGGAGCUGGAUUGAAGGUGGAAUUGGAGUGCUCAGAGAUUGGUGUGUAUCCAUGUCCUUGAGUCAACAUAUAAAAGGAUACUGGUAGUCAUGUUGGCUGUGAAUGAGAUUCAAUGUCAGUACUGUUUGAUACUGUCUUGUAAAAGUCUAAAGUCGGAGUCCAGUCCAUGGGUCUUACAACACUGAUGUGCAUUGAUUGUACAUUUUAGUAACAGAUUCUUGACAUCUAAACCUUUCCUUUUAUGCCUCUCUACAGUCAAAUCCCCAAGAUUCCAACCAUGCAGAAUGAUAAUGACAUCAGCAGGAUCUCUCCCAUGCAGACACAUCAUGCACAUUGUGGGACACAAUGACCCUGAGAUCAUUAAAGAGACUGUGUACAAUGUUCUCAAGAAGUGUGAGGAGCAAAAGUUCACCUCAGUGUCCUUCCCAGCUCUUGGAACAGGUACUCUGCUUUAAUGGUCUUUAUUGGACUACACUGUCCUGGGUAGUUGCAUGUUUUUGUUGUACUUGGCUGCAGUGUGCUGGCCUGUUCUGUUGUGUUCUUUGUUCCUACUCUGAGGUUGUGGAGUGGCCAUAUGUUUUGCUUCCACGUGCUCUGAAAGGGACUACCUGCUACUUUUCUAAGCCUAAUUUUCAAAUAAUCUUGUUCUUUAUACGACUUUCUGCUUAUUUUUAUUUUUCCCCACACAUACUAUGCCUCGCUCUUUUUCUUGUCUCCUUCCUUCCAUAUUUUUCUUGUCUCCUUCCCUUUCUUGUGAUUAGUCACUCUCAGGGACAGAUUUGCAUCAUGUCAUUGUCUGUCCAUUUGUCUCCAUCUGUGUCUUUCUGUUUGCCUCCAUAGCCAUGUUAUUGUCUGUCUGCCUCCAUCUGUCUGUCUGUCAGGCCAGGGUGGAGCGAGUCCCUCUGCUGUUGCGGACGCCAUGAUUGACGCGGUGGUGGACUUUGUGAAGAAGAGAAAGGGACGGUUUGUGAGAAGUGUGAAGAUCCUGAUAUUCCAGACCGCCAUGAUGACUGAGUUCCACGAGAGCAUGAAGAGGAGAGUGGGAGAGGGAGUGGAGAAUAACGGCAUUUUAACCAAGAUAAAAGGUCAGUGAGAAUUGAAGUGUGCGAGGUAGAAGACAAUAUGAGCUCAAUGUGUACUAAUACACUAUAGUUAUUACAAUUUCAAGUGACAUUUUGUCAAGGAGUUUAUGUUAUGUGUGCUCUUUCUUCAUAGAUUCAGUGACAACCUUCUUUAUGGGACCCAGUGAUGAGCUCUCUACCCAUGAUAACUUUGUCAUGGAGGGAGAGGAGUUUGCCCCGACCGUGUUCCAGUUGUGUGCAGAGAACCCCCAGGCUGUGAGGCUUGCCCGGGAAUUGGUUAAAAACCUCAUAGUGAAGGAGCAAACUGAGAAAACCAUCAAGAACCCGUACAUCAGCCAGCUGAGCCAGGAGGACGUGCAGAAGUUGCAGGCCAUGCAGAGGGAGCUGACGGUCAGGAUACGCCUGGAGAAGAAGGGCCCUGACUCCCUGAUCUGCCUGGAGGGCCUGAGCCGCGAUGUGCUUACAGCAGACGGCCACAUCAUGGACAUGCUCCUGAACCAGGAGAGGAAAGAGAACCGCAGACAGAAAGCUUUGCUGGUGCACAGCCUGGUGGAGUGGCAGUACCAAGACAGUGGGACAAUGGUGCCUUUCGACAUGUUCAUCAGCUACGACCUGGAGGAGGCUGUGAAAGACAACAGCAAAGUGACAAUCAAGAUCAACAAUGAGGAUUAUGAGGCAAAUGUAGCCCACAAGAGAGCUGUCAACAUUACGGACCGAAGAGAAAUUGAGUUAUUUAGAAAAGACCUGAAAGGUGGGUCAAUCCAUAAUAAAUCCUCAUCUGUCUAGACUGCAUUAAAAUGAAAUGAUGUAGAACGGUGAUAUUACAUUUCAAAUAAUGUGUUGUUUUUAAGAACACAUUUUUUGUGUAAUUUUGUGGAUGCAUACAGUAUAUCAGGGGUUUCCAACCUUUUCUAGCACGUUGCAAGCUACAAUUUUUUACAGCUUUAAAAUAGGCACAUUCUUCUUAUCCUCUAACCUGCAACUCAUCCCCGGGUUCUUGGUGUACAAGAGAUUUUCUGGUUAAUAAGCGGUAUUUGGCAUGACAGGACACAUACAAUUAUCUUGUAUUUUCCAUAAUUCUGUUUUCUUUUAACUAGUUUUUGAUUUUUGUCUGUUUUUUUCUCUCAAUAUUACAAUUAUUAAUAGGGAAACAACUAAAAUUGAUGUUCUGAGUGCAGGUCAUUGCUUACCUCACAUCAGAAGACAAUUUUUGAGGUAAAAAAUAAGAACAAAAACACAUUUUGAUUUGAGUUUAAUUCACCUUUAUUUGAGCAUCUAGCAAGAGAGGAACGUGUCGGUCUAGCCGUGUUUCUGUGGUUAGGCCUACUGCUGCUGCACAUGUCAUGGCACUGAGUAUAUCAUCAAUAUGCAUUUAAAGUUGUGAAUGAUUUAGUUUUUUUAAUGACAAUACUUAUUGUGUAAUGAAUUGACCACUAAAUGUGGUCCUCUGUAGCUCAGCUGGUAGAGCACGGCGCUUGUAACGCCAAGGUAGUGGGUUCGAUCCCCGGGACCACCCAUACACAAAAAAAAAAUGUAUGCACGCAUGACUGUAAGUCGCUUUGGAUAAAAGCGUCUGCUAAAUGGCAUAUUAUUAUUAUUAUUAUUAUUAUUAUUAUUAUUAUUAUUAUUAUUAUAUUAUUACUAAAUGCCAAACUCUCUACUGUGUUUUGUCCAGACGAUACAUCAGUGUCUCUGCCUGCACACUGGGAUGACAUGAAGGGUUCCCUCUUAAUGCUGGUCCCACUAACUCCAGGAUCCAAGGGAUACAAUGACGUGGAGCAGGAAUUUCGGAAAACUUUGCUCAACAACACCAUCCUUAAAGUAUGUUUGUAAAAAUGUGUACCAGAAUUUCAUUUGCAUUCCACAAUAGACUGAUUUUCUAUGGUGACGUUAUAUGAAAGCAUCACAUUUUGCGACUUUGAUGUUAGAAAUCCCUCAACUAUCUUUUUUUAACCCUCCCGUUGUCCUUGUAUUCUGUACACAUGCCGUCCCCCCCGGGUCUAACUGUCCCGUUUUGACUUAAGGCCCAGUUGGGACAGUAUGCGUGCGAACAGCCUCUGCAAAUGUAUUUGUUACACCUGGAGCAAACCGUGUGUGUUUUAGAGUCCUUCUUUGUUGGGCAGACCUGACACCUCUUCCUCUUACUUGCCCCUGCUGCGGGGGCUGCAGCGGGGGCUGCGUCCAGACCAUCGGGUUGAUCUUGAGAUCUGGCCCUCUGCUGAACAGCUUUGACAACUGUGGCAGACGCUUCCGUGCGAGGGAGAUGAGCCCUUCUUUGGAUGAGGGGAGUCACAAACGCCUUGCCCAGCUGCUCGAGGAACACCCUCCUCUUGUUGCGCUUACCAGCCUUCCAGCCAGGGUUGGUCUCUCUCCAUAUCACAAAGGCAUUGUAGGAGGAGACGUCGAUGAUGUUGUGGAAGACGACCAGGGUCCAGCGCCAGGUCAUCCUCCGGCAGCUGUACUUUCCAAUGACCUUAUCCAGGUUGUCCACUCCUCCUUUGUUGCGGUUGUAGUCUAGGAUGAUGGCCGGCUUCUUGUCGUGACGCCGGCUGAUUUGAGCCUCUGUGUGCAGUGUGCUCAGGAGUAAGACGUUCUUGUUUUUCUUUGGGAGGUAGGGCACUAGAGCGGUGGUGGGCGUGAAGGCGAACUUGGAGGAUAACACCCGUCUGUCCUUUGACGCGAGCAGUGCCGGAGGGAGCUCGGGCUUGUUCUUUCGAGCCGUGCCGACCACGGUGACGUUCCUCCUCAGGAGCUGCCGUGCCAGUUCGUAAGAGGUGAAGAAAUUGUCACACGUGACAUUGUGGCCACUACCGAGUCCCUGUGUCAAGUCGAGCACAACCCGCAUGCCCUGGUUCUUCUCCGGGGCCCUGCUGGUGUCCUUGCCGGUGUACACUUGCAUCUUCCAGGCACAGCUUGAUUUGGAGUAGAAUGCCACCCACGACUUGAUCCCGUAUUUCACUGGCUUGCUGGGAAUGUACUGCCGGAACGGGCAACGACCUUUUAGUGUGUGUGUGUGUGUGUGUGUGUGUUUCGAGGAGAACAUAAACAACAACAAAAGAAAAAAUAAAUAAAUUAGUACAUAGCCGUGGUACAAGCAUAUUUGGUGUGUUGUUUUAUUUCAUUUUUUGUUUUGUUAUUACACAUAUGCCAAACAUGAUUACUUUUACAACCCACCUCUGAACGGAACCAGUUGCUCGUCCACAGUCACUUCGGGCCCGGGGUUGUAGAGGUACGGCAGCCGCUCAACCCACGUGUCCCAGACCUCUCUUACGGCUGCCUCGUUCCUCGAGGCGAAAGUCUCUCUUUCGACUUGAUCCGUUUCGUGUUGUCGCUCUCCUUCGUCUCCUUCUCCGUCUUAGUCCCCGUCUUCGCCUUGUCCUUCUCCUCUGGCUCCUUCUUCAUCCGAGGUUGCCGCGUCGUCGUCUUCUUGUUCUUCUUCUGACACAUCCUUGACUUCCUUUUCACAGUCAGAGUAGUCUUCCUGGCAGACGUCGGCCAGGAUCUGUUCUAGGACCUGUUUGGCAGUGAAACGAGCACUCAUGGCUUUUUUGUUGUUGUUGUAGGGGGCACCUGAGUUUUUGGAGCAGUGGGCUCAGAUCACACAUGUAUGGACAUGCUACCGCAACAAUAUUAUAUUAAGUAGCUUGUUUUUCUUUUCCCCCCAACAGCCUUACCUGGCCACUGCACUCAGUGGUAUAGAACUCUUGCUCGCUUAGAUAGGAUAGCCAUGUCCUGACCCUAGCAAAGACAGCGGGCAGGGUUAGGUAGCCACCGGCGGGGUCAAUAUGACCCAGGAGGACAGAUACGCUCAUGUCGCUCUACAACCUCUCGCUAAAACCUCUCUCGCUCUAACACAUGUGCUGCUCAUCCUGACCCUAGCGAGGAUAACGGGAGGUCUAGACCUCUCUGGCUUGCUUAAAUAGCAAUGUCGCUGUACAACAACCCCUAGCUACAACCUCUCUGUCAUUCUAACACAUGCGAGGGUCAGGAUGACCCGGCCAGGACAACCGGGAGAGUUAAGAAAAUCAUUUUAAUUGUGUUUGCUGCUACAUUAAAGGCAGCAAAGCAUUUGGGAUUUUUUUUAAAGAAUGGAACUGUAUUUCCUGGAACCAGUGAAAUGUGUUAUUCUUAUUCCUGUGCUGUUCAUUCAAUAUUUAGGUAGGUGGGAUUGCACUUCAGUAAUAAAUAUGUAGUCCCCUGUAGCUCAGUUGGUAGAGCAUGGCGCUUGCAACGGCAGGGUUGUGGGUUCGUUUCCCACGGGGGGGCCAGUAUGAAAAUGUAUGCACUCACUAACUGUAAGUCGCUCUGGAUAAGAGCGUCUGCUAAAAUGUAAAUGAGUAAAUAAAUCACUGUCGAUUUCUACAUGUGUUUUGUUUGCUAUUUGAAGAUUGAACGAGUCCAGAACGAGGCACUGUGGAAGAGCUACCAGAUAAGAAAGAACCUCCUGGAGGACAAGAACAAGCACACAAACAACGAGAAACUGCUCUUCCAUGGCACCAGUUCAGAUUCCAUCACCCAAAUCAACAACCAUGGCUUCAAUCGCAGCUACGCUGGAACACAUGGUAUGAGAAUGGUUUAAUGGAAACAUGUCUGAUGACCAAUAUUCUUUACUGUUAUAUUGAGACCUCUUCCUAUGGGAGGAGGAGCUUAAUGUUCAGACAUAAAUCAAUCUGAUCAACUGGGUAUCAUUGUUGUAAGUACAAUAUGUUUUUCGUCCAGGUGCUGCAAUUGGCAAUGGAUCAUACUUUGCUGUGGACUCCAGGUAUUCAGCAGGAGGAUAUUCUAAAGCUGAUGCACAGGGGCUCAAGUGCAUGUACCUGGCCAGGGUUCUUGUUGGAGACUUCACUCUGGGACAAACAGGCUUGAUCGUUCCUCCUGCCAAACCGUCAGGGAAGGAUGCCGAUUUGUACGACAGCGUCACAGACAACACCUCCAAUCCAACCAUGUUUGUGAUCUUCAAUGAUGUGCAGGCUUAUCCAGAGUUCCUCAUCACAUUCCAGUAAAUUGGAUUUAACUGUACAUUCAUUAGUACAUCAAUACAUCAUAACAAAUUCCAUAUGUCUGUGUGAAGGGUUUUAAAGGUAUGUGGGUUAGUUGUUAUAGCCAUGUUUGAGGUUAGACAUCCUUAGAGUAACUACUUUUUAUAGACAUAUCAAUUAUAUUGCUUAGGGCCUGGGCCCAGUUGCGUAAAACAUCU